AUGAGGGUCCUUUUAGUGAAUUUCCUGCCCGAGGUAUUGAGGACAAGGGACGAUGAAUUGGACGACCAGCCAGAUGCUGAAGCGGGAGUUUCCUACACAGACACGAUGGAAAGCAAAAACGGCAACUCUAAGAUACUUAAGCGACUAGAAACCGUGCCAGAUAUAAAGCGAGACACGUCCGGAAUAACAACCCAGUACAUCGCUGCUGGUAUAGUAAACCUAGGAGCAUUCGCUGCUGGAGUAUCUGUGGCGUGGUCAUCAUCAGCUCUGCCUUUAUUCACUUCACCACAAGAUGAGUUGAGGUCGUCUGAAGCGUUUUCAUCGAUGAAUGGGACGCAUCCUAAGCUAGUCCUAACAGAAUCAGAAGCGUCGUGGGUUGCGUCACUUUUGUGUUUAGGAGCGUUGUGGGGGGCGGUGCCGACUGGUCUCAUAUCAGAACACUUUGGACGAAAGAAGACUUUACUUUAUCUUGCUCUACCACUUGUGGUAUCUUGGGUUUUAGUUGCGUCCAGUCCAAGCGUCUACGGUCUGUACGUGGGUCGUUUUGUUGGUGGCAUUGCCGUCGGAGCCUUCAGUGUAGGGAUCCCUCCUUAUGUAGAAGAUAUUGCUGAAAAACAUCUGCUGCCUUCCCUCGUCACUUUCUACCACGUUCAUUUUGCUUGUGGAGUGCUGUUUGCGUAUAUUAUUGGUAUGGUACAUAGCACAUCAUGGUUGUCUGUACUCUGCGCAAGUAUACCGGUGGCGUUUUUCAUCGCCUUCAUAUUUCUACCAGAAUCGCCGGCGUAUUUAAUGUCACAAGGAAAACAAAGUCAGGCUAAAGCAGCGCUACGAUACUACCGAGGCAUUGAUAAUGACAUCGACUCAGAAAUGAAAGCCUUAAAGGAAUAUAUAAGGAGUUCCGUGAAGCAUAGAGUCACUUUCAAAGAGCUGUUCAGCGAAACUGUAAAUGUAAAAGCGUUGGUUGUCUCCUUCGGUUUGAUGAUAUUUCAACAGUUGAGUGGCAUAUAUCCUGUACUUUUUUAUGCUGAAAGCAUUUUUACCAGCUUUUCAACUUCUCUCAAUCCUCCUGGUCCAGCCAUCAUACUUGGUUUUUGUCUUGUAUCAUCAACAUAUUUCUCAACCAUGAUUUUAAAGAAAGUGAGGCGACGUGUCUUAUUGAUGUCUUCAUUUGCAGCAAUGGCUAUAAGCUUAGGAGGUUUAGCGAUAUAUUACCAAUGGAAAGCAUCUAAUUUUUCGUCUAACAAUGCCUGGGUACCAUUAUUUGCUUUGUGCAUUUUUGUAUCUGUAUAUGCCGCUGGUGUAGGACCUAUACCAUGGUUGAUGCUUAGAGAAAUAUUUGCGCCACAUGUUAGAAGACGUGCAACAGCUAUUACUGCUGGUUUUCAUUGGUUUUUAGCAUUCGGGGUAACAAAGUUGUACCAAAAUUUGGUGGUCCUGGUCAAACCAGGCUGGGCAUUAUGGCAUUUCGCUGUUACUUGUGUUAUUGGUAUAAUUUUUGUCUACUUCUUCGUGCCUGAAACAAAAAGCAGGACUUUAGAAGACAUACAAAACGAAUUUGAUGGAAUUCAUAAGAGAAAAAAGCACACACACGUUAUCGAAGUGGAAACAUUAUCAGUUCCA